GUUCAAGCGCAUUAAGCCACGUGAAAAUUUUUAUUUACAUUCAUUUGAUAUUCGUAAUAUAUACUCAUACAUUUCAAAUAAAUGAUCUUUUUUAACAAAACUUUCUAAAGGCAACAUUCAGUAUUAUUUUUAUAUCAUUAUCAUUUUAGUUGUCCUUUCCAAUAUACAUUAUUAUUAUUGUUAUUAAUAUUGGUUGAAUAAAAUUAUCAAAAAUCAAGACAUGUUCAAGUAAAAGAUGAUAUAAUUGAAAGUAGUUAAUGAAGUAAAACAAGAGUAUAUGAAUGACUGUAAUCAAAGUAUCGUUGAAAGUUUUGGCAAUUUAUUGAGUGGCAGUGGCGCACGUGAGAAAGAGAAAGAAAAAUUUUUCACAAGAAAAAGUAAAGACAUAGCAACAGCGCCCGGUAAGACGCAAAAGGAUAACCGGCAAGCCAUUCCACACGCAAUACUUAUAGCUGGCAGUUAAACAAGAAAGUGCUCGACAUUCGAAAUAAAUCAAAACAAGUCACAUUUGGCGAAUUUAAUUCUGUUUUUAGUGAUUAUUCCAAUCCACGUGUGACACUUGAUAUUUCAUCAUGGAUAAAAACACUAGACUGUCCAGAACUUCACAAAGGAGACAAAUAAUGCAACCAUGGCCUUUAUGUUUGAUUUCAUCUGCCAAAUCGACCGAACGAUCGGUCCAUCAAAAAUAUUAUCCUUGGCUUCCAUCCCUGGGUAAACCAUCAACAGCAUCUUGUAACAUCUCUGAAGACUGUGCAUCAAAUACCACCCUCCUAACGAACGCAUCUCCAUUCAACAGUCAACAAGCCCUUGUUUCUGAUAAGAAAAAACCUACAGUUACAAAAAGUAGCAAGAAUAAUAAUCACUCUGGAGCAACAAGUUAUUAUGCUGAGAAUCUUAAACACGAAAACGAUUUAAGAUAUUCGCAAAUACUUAGGACUAACAAUAGAAAUAUUACCAUUGUUGACUUGAAACAAUUAGAACCUUUAGUGAUGGAUGAUCCAAUGACUUUGGAGGAAGGAGAUAUUUUAAUAGGAUUACAAGAACAGAAAAAUGUUCAAGAUAUUAGUAAGACUAAAGAAUGCCAAAAAGUAUUUCCAGAGCCAGAAUUUCGACGGUUUAAUACUAAAAAAAUUCUGCCAGUGCAUUUAACCAAUAUCAUGUCACAGGUUCUUGCAGCAUUAUCAGUAUCAUUAGGAUCAUUAGUUGUUGGUUAUUCCAGUGGCUACACUUCACCAGCACUCCCUUCCAUGAAUAAUACUGAAAUAUGGAACCUCUAUUUAACCAGUGAAAUGGAAUCUUGGAUUGGAUCUGUUAUGCCACUUAGUGCAAUUUUUGGUGGUAUCGCUGGUGGUCCACUAAUUGAGUACUUAGGAAGACGAAAUACAAUCAUGCUUACAGCGUUGCCAUUCAUUGCAGCUGGAUUAGUGAUAGGAAUGGCAGUUAAUUCAUGGAUAAUCAUAGUGGGUCGUAUACUUAGUGGUUUUGCUGUUGGUAUUGCCUCAUUAUCGCUACCAGUUUAUCUUGGAGAAACAAUUCAAGCUGAAGUACGUGGGACACUUGGUUUACUACCAACAGCAUUUGGAAACAUAGGAAUUCUGACAGCAUUUAUUGCCGGCGAGUACUUAAACUGGUAUAAACUAGCGUAUCUGGGAGCUUGUCUACCUAUUCCAUUCUUUUUGUUGAUGCUUCUUAUCCCUGAGACACCAAGAUGGUUCAUUUCCAAGGGCAAAACAAAGAAAGCACGUAAAUCCCUACAGUGGUUACGAGGCAAAAAUGCAGAUAUAUCAGAAGAACUUGCAUCAGUGGAGAAAGCUCAUGUUGAUAGUGAAAAAAAUUCAUUGAGUAAUCCUAUUAAAGAAUUAUUCCAAAGUCACUACAUCAAACCUCUAUCAAUUUCAUUAGGUCUUAUGUUAUUCCAACAACUAUCUGGUAUAAAUGCCGUUAUAUUCUACUCCAAAAAGAUAUUUGCAACUGCUGGAAGCUCUAUCAGUGAUGGUCUCUGUUCAAUAAUUAUUGGAUGCGUUAAUUUUAUUUCAACAUUCAUUGCAACAGCAUUAAUUGAUCGUCUAGGACGUAAAUUACUUUUAUAUAUUAGCAGUGUUGCUAUGAUUGUUACACUUGCACUCCUUGGAAUAUUCUUCUAUUUAUACGAACAUAAGUAUGAUACAUCAAGUUAUGGUUGGAUACCAUUAACAACAUUAAUCAUUUACGUUCUUGGAUUUUCACUUGGAUUUGGACCAAUACCAUGGUUGAUGAUGGGAGAAAUUUUGCCAGCUAAAGUCAGAGGACAAGCUGCAAGUAUUGUUACUGGAUUUAAUUGGAUCUGUACUUUUAUCGUUACUAAAACAUUUCUUAGUAUUGCUAAUGUUAUUGGACAGGCUGCAGUAUUUUGGUUGUAUUGUGGUAUUUGUAUCAUUGGUUUGAUAUUCGUGAUAGUUUUUGUGCCAGAAACAAGAGGUAGAUCAUUAGAAGAUAUUGAGAAAAGAUUAACUGGACCAGUUAGAAGAAUGAGUGCAAUUGCUAAUAUAAAACCAAUGCCAACAGCAUGUUAAAAUAAUAAUAGAUUAUAAUAAUAUUGUAAAAAUUCAAAUUAUAUUUUCAUAUUAGCCAUUUUUAAGAGAAAGGUUGAAAUUCAUAUCGUGUUAGGACAACUGAGAUUGCUCUCUUUCAUAAGUAAAGUACAACUUCUCAGUUCUCAUUGUCCUAUAUUUGAAAAUAUUUUCAUAAAAGCAAUAUUUACAAUCAACGGUUCACUUUCAGUAAAUAAUUCAUUAUUAUUAUAAUUAUUAUAGAUCAUGGAUGACAGUAUUUAUAUCUGAUUAGUUGAACUUGUGAGUAAAUAACUUCAUUUCAUAGUUUUAAUCAUCAUUAUCAUUAUUUUAUUUUAUAGAUAUAAAUAUAUAAAUCAAUAAUUUUCACUUAUUUUAAGUACUUAUCUGUGAAAUAAUUAGUAGCACAUUUAUAUUUUCAAAAUGAUUCAAUCAAAUGAAAAUAUUUUAAUGUUAAAAAUUAAUUAGGUCUUAUUUUAAAAUCAUAUGUAUAUAUAUAAAUAUAAUUUUGUAAUUAAAUUCGAUUUGACAUAGUCGUCAAAAGCCUACCUCAUUGACAUAUAGGCAAAAUAAUUAUACCAACUGUUUUAAAGCUAAUUAUUUGUAUAUUUAUACAUAUGUAAUAAUGAAUUUAAGAAUUAUAUAAUAUAAAUAAUUGUGUUGAGCAUUAAUAUUCAACCAAAUAGAGAUUUUUAAAGUUAUCAACACAAAGUUUUAUAA